CACACCGCCCACAAAAAGCCACAGAUAUCUAUCUGUCUCCAGAUGCAAUUAUACAGUGCAACUAUAAAGAAUGAACAUAAAAUAGUGCAUUUAUAAAGGGUGUUUUUGCAUGAAGAUCGUUGGAAAGGCUUGUUCUAGGCUACCUAGCGACAGAAACAGCAGCGGCAGAAAGAGAGGCGAGAGAGAGAGGGGUGUUGGGUAAAUGAAAGUGGGUGGGCCUACCGCGAAUACACUCUACCAACUUCGAUCAGGAUACAUUUAUGCAAACACUUGAUUUUUUUUCCGUUAAUAGAAUUUACGCGCUACGGUCGUUAAAGUGUGUUUUCGGUUGGUUUUGAGGGGCUUCGGGCGCGGACAACGUACUCUUCCCCGUUAUAACGGGAGGUUUGAUUGUUGCUCGAGCUUGGUACCGCCCUUCCUGGCCGGUGGGUGGUUUCGGUGCUAACCGGAGCGACGCCACAGCCCCAGCGCGAGCCAUUCGCGGAGAAAAUAGGCCGUCCUUCCCCGGUGCUUCAGCCGGCCUUUCUCCCGUAGCCUCUCCUCUCCGGUUUACGAAUGCGUUAUGAGUGAUCAGAAGACUGAAGUGUGGGGAUCAGAAGAAGGGAAACCAGGCAAGAAAGGCAAACGUUCUGGAUCACAGGAUUCCCAGACGUCUCCCCUAGCCCUGCUGGCUGCAACCUGCAGUAAGAUAGGAGUUCAGGGAGGAGUGGAGGGACAGGUGCAGGGUGGGCAGUUCCAGGGUCAUAUAGUUGUAGACGCAGCAGGUAAUCAGACUUUGGUUCAGCAGCAGUUAGAACUGGUUCCUACCCAGUUCACUGGAAACGGCUGGCAGAUCAUCACUACCGCUCCCCAAAUGGCCAAGGACACUGCCAAUCAACCCGUCGCCGUGACGCUGGCCACCACUUCAGCCAAUGACAGUGCUCCGGCAAGCCGUAAGAUGAAGGCUGUGGGCGGGACUAACACCGUAGCAGCCAAUCAGCAGGUGCAGCAGCAGCAGUUCCAGAUCAUCCAGGUGCAAAACAUGCCGUCGUCAGGGGGUGGGGUCCAAUACCAGGUGAUCCCCCACCUGCAGACGGCCGACGGCCAACAGAUCCACAUCAGCCCCCAGACUGCAUCCCUGGGGGGCCAACAGAUCCACAUCAGCCCCCAGACUGCAUCCCUGGGCGGGCAGCACAUUCACAUCAGUCCGGCCCAGGGGGGUCUACCAGAGCAGGUCCAGCUGAUCCAGACCCAGAACCAAUCCCAGACCCAGACAAUCCUACAGCCAGCCAAUCAGCAAGCCAUCCUCACAAGUUCAGCCAAUCAGACGUUGCAGCUUCGUUCCGCCCAGUCCUUCCCGUUGCAGAUGCAGACCUUACAGGGCUCCCAGACCCAGGUCAUGACGACAGUACCCAUAAACAUCGGCGGUAUGACCCUCGCCCUUCCGGUCAUGAAUAAUUUAGCAGGGAGCGGAGCCGUGCAGCUUGUCCAAUCAGCCGAUGGCAGCUUUACCGUAGCUAACGGCAACCAGCUUGUGACGACAACUGCAGCGGCGGUGUCUGGGGCAGUUACUGUUACCGGGUCGUCUGGUGGUACCAUAACAACUGUUGCCGGGGGGGAUGGAGCAUCGACAGACGGAACACAGCUGAGUUCUGUAGCCGGGUCGGACGGAGGUACGGAGAGAGACACACAGAACCAACCGAGCGACCAGGAUUCUCAGAUGGUCCAGAGUCAGGCCAACGGACUGCAGGGCCAAUCAGAUCCUCCAGGGACCAUCCAGCAGGUCAUCGUGGGACAGAUGGGUAACCAGUUGUUGCAGCAGAUCCAGAUCCAGCCACAGCAGAUCACACAGAACCAGUUCCAGGGCCAGCAGAUUCAAACCUUUCAGUUAGGACCAGGUGGGACCCUACAGCCCAUACAAGCCUUCCAGAACCAACAGGUUCUGAUCCGGACCCCAACCCUCUCUCCGUCGGGUCAGAUCACAUGGCAGACUCUGCAGCUCCCCGGGGGGAUGUCUGUGCCCCAGCAGCUGACCCUGGCCCCUGUGGGCGGGGGGGGAUUCAUGCAGCUGGGGGGGGCUCCCCUCACGCUGAGCGCAGCCCAGAUCAACCCUGGGUCGGGGGUGCAGACAGUCAGCAUCGCCGGGCUGGGCACCACUGGAGUACAGAUGCAGGGGUUACCCCUCACCAUCACUGGACUACAGGGUCAGCCGCAGGGUCAGGAAGGAGGAGUAAAGGUCGAGCCAUCCCCUGUGACGGUAACCGCGGGUAACAUGGCUGGGUCAUCGCUUAGUCCAGAGCAGAUGGGUUCUGUCCAGAGUUCAUCAGACCAGGAAGGACCGCCCAGCAAGAGGCUUCGCAGGGUGGCGUGCUCCUGUCCUAACUGCAGGGCCGGAGAGGGGAGGACCAGUGGAGACCCAUCUAAGAAGAAGCAGCAUGUGUGUCACAUGGAGGGCUGUGGAAAGGUCUACGGUAAGACCAGCCACCUAAGAGCUCACCUCCGCUGGCACACAGGAGAAAGACCCUUCGUCUGUAACUGGAUCUUCUGUGGCAAGAGGUUCACACGCUCGGACGAGCUGCAGAGACACCGACGGACACACACAGGAGAGAAGAGGUUUGAGUGUCCAGAGUGCAGUAAGCGUUUCAUGCGUAGUGACCAUCUCUCCAAACACAUCAAAACCCACCUGAACAAGAAGGGAGGGGCUUCUCUCGCCAUCAUCACCACCGACGACAUGGAAAAUUCUAACCAGGGCUUAGGUUCCUCCCCUCGCAUCGUAACUGUGGCGACGCUCUCCCAGGACUCCGCCCCCGCCACACCAACAGCCUCCUCGCCCAAUCAAAUGGAGGGAGAAGAGGAGGAAGAGGAGGAGUUCGAGUAGUGACCAGUGACCACUUCCUGUGAAAGGAGGAAGCAGGGAGGGCUGACUUCCAGGUUGGUCUCCAUGGUUAUGCCGUGGAUAUGGAGGUCAGGUGGUAGAUGAUUUUUUAAAUUAUUAUUUAUUUGUUUUUUAAACGGACUCAAAGAGAAGACAAAUAUGAUAGACUGAAAAUGACAAACAGACUGAGAAAUCUGAAUCUAAACUAAUAAUUGAGUCCAACAACAGACUAAAGGUGUGAAUUUAUAGAAUGGUGUUUAUAACAGAACAGAGGUCAGGAGAAAAGGCAUAUCUGAACUCGCACUCUAUCCCCUAUAUAGUGCACUACUUUUGACCAGAGCCUUCUGAGUAGUUUGUUAUGUAGGGAAGAGGGUGUCAUUUUGGAUAGGUUUAUUAGACUAGCACAAAACAGUUGUAAAACAUCAAGAAGAGACAUUGGAUGUGUCCCAAAUGGCUAGGGUGCCAUUUGAAACGCAACAAUCUCUAUGCACAAAGAUGUUCUGUAACUAUGGUGAUGAGGAUGAUGAUGAAACAUGAUCUGUGGCGGGGUUUAGACUGUUGACAGACAGGUGAGAGGAGCCGGUGUGUGUGUGUGUGUGUGUGUGUACCUCGUUUCAACAGGACUAUAGUUCUAGUAAAGAAGAUCUGAUGAGCAGAAGAAAGACAAUACAAUGAGGAAUAGACUUCUAAAGGGCAGAAAAAAAGCAGAUUUAUAAAUGAUGCAUUCCUAUAAAGAAACGCUUGGCAUUUUAAAUAUUUGUUUCUAUAAACCUACCAAUCGAGCUUUCUUUCUCCAACAGGCUGUUUACUGAAAGCAAUACUAUAAGACAAUCCUAGUGAAACCAUGUUUACAUUAAAGACAGGAAAAGGAAAGGUUUCUUUUGGUAUGAAACAGCCAGUCAGCUCACAGCGUUCAAGGUAUACUGACAUCAUCAUACACAGCGGGGUGACUUCCUGCUUGAUGAUGUCAUAUUGCUGAGUGCACCUUGUGAGGAUGUAGCUCUGCCAGGGUUGGUGGGUGGGUGGGACAGUAUCAGUAAGCAGCGUUAAUGUCAAAACACAGUUUCCCCUCCCAGACACUCAGAGCAGCAGAUAUUGUCUGUCAUAUCCAGUUUAGAAUACAGCAGGAAUGUGACUCAAUCAUCGGACCUUAAUAACCUUAAUAACAUGUUAAUACAUGUUAAUGCAUGUUAAUACAUGUUAAUACAUGUUAAUACAUGUUAAUACAGAUCAAUGUCUGAGAUAAAUGAGAUACAUUCCAGUAUUGAGACAUAUUCCAGAUACACUACAGGACCAAAAGUAUGUGGACACCUGCUCGUCGAUCAUCUCGUUCCAAAAUCAUGGGCAUUAAUAUAUGGAGUUGGUCCCCCCCUUUGCUGCUGUAACAGCCUCCACUCUUCUGGGAAGGCUUUCCACUAGAUGUUGGAACAUUGCUGCUAUAACAGCCUCCACUCUUCUGGGAAGGCUUUCCACUAGAUGUUGGAACAUUGCUGCGGGGACUUGCUUCCAUUCAUCCACAAGAGCAUUGGUGAGGUCGGGCACUGAUGUUGGGCGAUUAGGCCAGGCUCGCAGUCAGUGUUCCAAAGGUGUUCGAUGGGGUUGAGGUCAGGGCUCUGUGCAGGGCAGUCAAGUUGGCGGUCCUGUUAUGUGAGCUUGUGUGGCCUACCACGUUGCCGCUGAGCCGUUGUUUCUCCUAGACGUUUCCACUUCACAAUAGCAGCACUUGACCGGGGCAGCUCAAGCAGGGCAGAAAUUUGACGAACUGACUUGUUAGAAAGGUGGCAUCCUAUGACGGUAUCACAUUGAAAGUCACUGAGCUCUUCAGUAAGGCCAUUCUACUGCCAAUGUUUGUCUAUAGAGAUUGCAUGGCUGUGUGCUCGAAUUUAUACACCUGUCAGCAACGGGUGUGGCUGAAAUAGCCGAAUCCACCAAGGGGUGUCCACAUACUUUUGUGUAUAUUAGUGCUAUUUCAAGUAAUUAGAGAUAUCCCAUUAACAGUAAAAGAGUUCCAGUGUGAUUUGACGUUGGCGCUGCUUCCUCCUGCGUUGUGAAGGUAGAGCCCCCUGUCUGUGAGUCCUGGUACUACAAUGCCUUAACACAAGCAGUACAUACCCCCCCAUGCUCAUUUCUGCUUUCUGUGUGAUGGACAAAGAGAGGAUGCAGGAAGACAAGGGGUGGUGGAGGGGAAAGAAGGGAUUGUGGGAGCUGGGUAUUCUAUUUGCUUUUUGUUAUGACAUGUUUCUGGUGAUGUUGGUGUGUACAUUUUUUGUUCUUUAUUUUUUUUGGGGGGGGGGCUUUUUAUUUUCUUAACCCCCCUCCCCCCAGUAUGUUCUGACACAGAUGAUUACUGUGUACAGCUAAUUUAUUAUUCACCCUAUGUUAAUAUCUGCCUUUUGCUGGAGUGUAUUGUUAGUAGACCUACCCAUUGAUCAGAGGUGUGUGUGUAGCAUGCUGUGUUUUAGUGCUGUUUUCUCUUCUUUUUAUUUAUUUUCAACUUAUUUUUCUACAUCCAACUGCUCCCCGUCAUUUCUACUACUUUCUCGCGCCAUAAUAUGUUUUUAAAAAAAAGAUUAAAGUAAACAAGAAAUAAUGAAAUGGUUUAUGUACCAAACAGAUGUGGAUGUUUUGGGGAAUAUUUUGUGUGACAACCAGUUUUCUUUCAUAUUUUCUAGUGACAUCUCAUUUGUAUAAUGUUUUUCUAAGCUGUUGGUGCCUCCAAGGCUGCAGGUUCUUCACUGUUGAUAUUCUAGUGAUAUUGUAUUGACAUUUUUAAAUCAACUUUGUACAAAACAUGUUAUGUGACUGGGAUUAAAGUAGUGAAAAGAGAACAAAAAUUACUUUGCUUGCAUAACAUUUAAAAUAAAGUGAUUAAAAUCAGUCUCAA